CUGAAAGGGCACUUUUUUUUUCUGGAAACCCGCAACAACUCGACUAUUCACACCACCACCAUGUCCCACAGCGUAUAUUUAUUUCGACACAUUCAAACCAACCAGGUCAUUGUAAGCAUGCGGCAAUGGACUCAGAACCGCUCAUUACGCCAACUCGACACUGUCUUGCGCCCACCUCGUUUGCGAAAAGAUCACUGGCGCCCUCUAGUCGCCAUUACUGGGUUCAACACACUUCAGUCUGCACAAGCUGUUUCGGACGCCCUGUUACAACGCUCGCAGGUGCGACAACUCGAAUUCAAAACGUCACCAGAACACCUUGCCAGACCCAAACGAAUGCGAACUGUUGAUGAAAAGGAUUUGGUCGAAAAAUCAGUCGUCUCUUUGCGCGAAGCCCUUGAAUCUGUCGCUCCUAAGCAUUUCAACGGCGAGACCAAGUUAUCAGCUUUGUGGGAACAGCCUCGAUUUUUGGAGAUGAAGGGCGAUGAUCACGAGUGGCCAGCCUUCCUCGAACACGGUCAAUUAGAAUUGAAGAACAACCGCUUCGUUUCUGCCAACUCUUCCGCAUAAUUUCCCCAUCUAUGAUGCAUCCUUUCAUUUUACUUGUAGUAUAGAUUAAAGAAUGAGAAGCCCUCUCAGCCUCCAUAAAAACAGUUAGUAUUUUAGCCAUAGAACCUGUCAAGUUCUCCCUCGAUCUCUCGCAUAUGGCGCAGAUGCCCAUACACGGGAGUCAACCUGAGCAUUUGUUUGAAGAAAAUAUACUCAUAUGACCCAUUUCGAUUGUUCAAUAUGCUAAAUUUAGUGUAUGCCAUAA